UUUUUUUAGCUUCUUCGUUUAAUUUUCUGAUUUAGAUCUUUAAAAAAAGUUUCAAGUUUCUAAGAUUAUCGUGAUUCUCGACAGGCUAGACGCGAUCAAAACCGAUCUUCGAUUCUUGAUUCUUGAUCUGUAUAGUUGUUGUGCCUGUUUCGGAAACAUUUGAUUCUGGUUGUGAAAGAGGAAAGAUGGUUUCGUUGCAAGGACCGGUGAUUUGCCCUGCCGUUCGGAGCAAGCAAUUUGGGUUUAAUACGCCUCUGGCAAAUGUUCUUUUCCCGAGAGCUAGAUCGCAUAGAAGUGAUAUAUGGGGAUGUAGAGGGAUAAUUGAUGGAAAGAAUAAAUCGCGUGCUUUAUUUCGCCAACUCAAAUUACGCAAGCGCAGGACCACGGUGCAGUGCAAUUUCAGCUCCUCUUCAGAUGGGAAUGGAAGCACGGCCGAGAAUUUCAAUGAAAAUGAUGAAGAUUACGUUGAAUCCUGUGUGCUGGAAGCUGUUGAGGUGAGGAGUGGAGCUGAUGGAUUUAUGGUCAAAAUGAGGGACGGCAGGCAUUUAAGAUGCGUCCAUAACAAUCCUCAAGGCGGGCAUUUGCAGGAUUAUGCACCGCACCCUGCCAUCGUUCUGAAGAUGGAAGAUGGGACUGGUCUUCUUCUUCCAAUCAUUGUUUUGGAGAUGCCAAGUGUGUUGCUAAUGGCAGCAGUGCGCAAUGUCCAAAUUGCUAGACCUACUAUGUAUCAAGUAGUGAAGGACAUGAUUGACAAGAUGGGCUACCAAGUAAAGCUUGUCAGAGUUACUAAAAGAGUGCAUGAGGCCUACUUUUCUCAGUUGUACCUCACAAAGGUGGGUGAUGAGUCAGAGCCUGUCAUUUUUGACCUUAGGCCUUCUGAUGCCAUCAACAUUGCUGUGAGAUGCAAGGUUUCUAUACAAGUGAAUAAGUACUUGGCAUACAGUGAUGGGAUGCGAGUGAUUGAAUCAGGGAAGCCAUCAGUGCUGUCUCCAGCUUCAGAUGGGUUAUUAUUCACUGAACAGGACCGGCCAAGUGGUCAGCUUUGUCUCGAUACAGAGGAAUUUAAUAUGGUCUGCAACUUAAAUGAGGCUAUCACUCAGGAACGCUACAAGGAUGCUGCCGACUUGAGAGACAAACUUCGUAAGUUCCAGGCUCAAAGGAAGCUGAGGAAACAUACAUAACAGGUGAUAUAUACUAAACCCAAAAUAGGGUGCACCCUGAAGUUGUCCUUGGUGACUUCAAUAUCAAAGGGAGUUAUUGUUGGAACUUGGAAGGUGAUAAACUAGAUAGUUGGAGACUACACACGACAGUAACAGUUGUUUCUUUCAUCUUGUACCAAAUAUAAAUGUACAAGUGAAGUCUGUGAAUAUAUAUAUAUAUAUAUAUAUAUAUAUGUACAGUACAAACGCAGUUUAGUAUUGGUGAUAUAAUAUAAGCACCUUUGUUUAUGCUUAUCAAUUGAUAAUUGAGCUGCUUAUUACGGACA